AUUGCGGGGUGUGCUUUUGCGCCUGUGUCACUCCAUCAAGUUUAUCCCAACCAAGAGCAAACUUUUCGAGAGGGACCGAGGAGAAACUCCUUUUUGCCACCACCCCCUCUAUUUCCCCCACCCCCCCCUUUUUCUCCCCGCUUUCCCCUGCUGUUUCCUGCCCUGCCAGCGGCCAGGGGGGCAGCGCCCCCCCCCCCCCCCCCCCGGGCCGGGACCCCCCAGGCAGCCCUCACCGUGCGCUCCGCGAUCUCCCUCUUCCCGUGCGUGCGGGUGUGUGGGUGCGAGUGCGGUGCCUGUCAAGGGGCUGUUUCUCUCCCCACCCUCCUCCUCCUCCUUCUUCCAAAUAUGCUUUUUGCAAGUUUUGAUCUCGUCUCGGCACUGGCUACCCUCGCGGCGUGCCUGGUGUCGCUGACUUUGCUGCUGGCCGUGUCCCAACAGCUGUGGCAGCUCCGCUGGGCUGCCACCCGCGACAAAACCUGCAAGCUACCAAUCCCUAAAGGCUCCAUGGGAUUCCCUUUAAUCGGAGAAACCUUCCACUGGCUCCUGCAGGGCUCCUGCUUCCAGUCUUCCCGUCGGGAGAAGUACGGGAACGUUUUCAAGACGCACUUGCUGGGGCGGCCGCUGGUGCGGGUGACGGGAGCGGAAAACGUGCGGAAGAUCUUGAUGGGGGAGCACCACCUGGUGAGCACCGAGUGGCCGCGCAGCACCCGCAUGCUGCUGGGGCCCAACACCGUGGCCAACUCCAUCGGCGACAUCCACCGCCACAAGAGGAAGGUUUUCUCCAAAAUCUUCAGCCAUGAGGCACUGGAGAGCUAUCUCCCCAAGAUCCAGCUGGUGAUCAAAGACACUCUUCGGGCCUGGAGCAGCAGCCCUGAGUCCAUCAAUGUCUACCACGAGGCUCAGAAGCUCACCUUCCGCAUGGCCAUCCGUGUCCUGCUGGGAUUCCGCAUCCCAGAUGAGGAGCUCAACCGCCUCUUCGAGGUCUAUCAGCAGUUCGUGGAGAAUGUCUUCUCCUUGCCUGUGGAUUUGCCCUUCAGCGGCUACAGGAGGGGCAUCCGGGCACGUGAGACACUUCAGAAAGGGCUGGAGAAAGCCAUCCAGGAGAAGCUGCAGAACACGCAGGGCAAGGACUACGCUGAUGCACUGGACAUCCUGAUAGAGAGUGGCAAAGAACACGGCAAGGAGCUAACCAUGCAGGAGCUGAAGGAUGGUACCCUGGAGCUCAUCUUUGCCGCCUAUGCCACCACUGCCAGCGCCAGCACCUCUCUGAUCAUGCAGCUCCUCAAACACCCCCGGGUCCUGGAGAAGCUGCGUGAGGAGUUGCGCAGCAAAGGCAUCCUCCACAACGGCUGCAUCUGCGAGGGCUCCCUGCGGCUCGACAACAUCAGCAGCCUCCAAUACCUGGACUGUGUCAUCAAAGAGGUGCUUCGCCUCUUCACCCCCAUCUCUGGGGGGUACCGGACAGUGCUGCAAACCUUUGAGCUGGAUGGUUUCCAAAUCCCCAAAGGCUGGAGCGUGAUGUACAGCAUCCGGGACACCCACGACACUGCCCCCGUCUUCAAGGACGUGGAUGUCUUCGACCCUGACCGCUUUGGUCAGGGUCGAAGUGAAGACAAGGACGGCAGGUUCCACUACCUCCCCUUCGGAGGAGGCGUACGGACCUGUCUGGGCAAGCACCUGGCCAAGCUCUUUCUCAAAGCAUUGGCCAUUGAGUUGGCCAGCACCAGCCGCUUUGAGCUUGCCACCAGGACUUUCCCCAAAAUCACCCUGGUGCCCGUGGUCCACCCUGUUGAUGGACUCAAGGUCAAGUUUUUCGGACUGGAUUCCAACCAGAAUGAGAUCCUGACGGGGACAGAUGCCAUGCUGGGGGCAACUGUGUAAAGCCCACGCUGGUGGCACGAGGGACGGGCAGCCGGGGGAUGGAGGGUUGGGAUGGGGACAAGGGGACGAACAGGAGGGGAGGAGAGAGGGAUGAGGAGCUUCUCCACGAUGCUCACUUCGCAGAGCCUCCAGGUCGGGACUGCUUUCUCCACCGGUGAAGCUGCCAAAACCGUUUUGCUCUUCCCACGUGGAGCAGAGAAGAUGUCACCGUGCAUCUCCUUUGUUGGAAAGGAGUAAAGAGUUGCAAAACCCAAGGCGAGCUGGGAUGUCUGACCAUACACAGUAUCUAAAUAUUAUAAAUAUAUAUAUAUAAAUAUCUAUAAAACACUUCUGCUGCCAGGAGGAGCGCUGCAAAGGCCCGGCUGCGGGAAAGGCUUUGGGAAUCAGCCCACGAUCAGAGGUCUGGCGUGCCUGGGUGGCUCUUGGGUGGCCUCUGAUCUUUUUCUUUUAACAGUGUUAAAUUAGCUGGUGAUAACAGUGUUUUUGGGUUUUUUUUAUUUGUGGCUUUGUUGGGUUUUCCCGUUUGUUUGGCUGUGUUUUUUGUUUUGGGGCAUUGGAGGCUUUUCUUGGCAAGGGGGAGACAAGUGAUGCCCAUUCCCAUCCCGUCUCCAGGGCAAGCGGGGAAGGUGGAGCUGCCGUUUGCCUCUGAUAUGGGACCUAAAAACCCUGUGGUGUCUUGUCUGGGCCUGAAUGGAUGGGGAGCCAUCCCCCUGAGGCCUUGGACAAGUGCAUAUCUGCAUUUGGGGCACUGGGUAAGGGAAGGGGUGUCCUUUUUGUUCUCGUUGAGUUUCCUGCUGCUGCUACACGGCCUGUGUGCACCCAUUCCCUCCCCGCAGCCCCUCACCAGCCCCUUUCCCAUGCAAAGGCAUCCAUUUUGGGGCAUUUUGUGGUGCCUUUGUUCUCUUUCAAGGUGCAGGCACCAAACUGCAUGGCCCUGCCGACCCACCGUGGCUCUGCAAGCACCACGGCACUGAGCAAAGCCACCCCACUCGGAGCUGCUCAUUUCAGUGUGUCUUCUUCCACAGGAGGUAUUUGCAUUAAAGGUGAUCUCUAUAAAUAAGCCAACAUCUGCAUUGUUUGUCUUCUGUUUGGGUUUUAUUUGGCGAUGGGAAGAGCUCAGCAGGAAGGAGAGUCAACAGUGGGCUCCUUGCAAGCUGUUGGCCCCAUUCCACCACUAAUCCAGGAGAUGGACCAUGCUCAAAGCUUCUCCAGCACAAGCAAACGGUCACCAAGGUAUCUUGUAUUUGGUUUGCUGGGUGGGUUUCUUUAAUUUUCUUUACUUUAUGCAUGCAAGAAGCUUCUGGGUUGAGUGUGAGAUGGGUGGCUUGUGUUGAAAACAGACAUGGCCUUGCAGGUGGGUGCAGAACAAAAGUUCCCUAAGCACCCCAGCAGGCGUUUGGUGCAGACCAGAGCGAAGCACCAGGUUGGGAGAUCCUCUAUGACCUGAAGCAUCCCUGCCCGUCCUGCCCCACUCCUCUCCCAUCUGCUGCCCUCCGUGGUCGAAAGACCAACACAAGGAGCAUGGUUGAAACCUCUCCUAACUGUGACAGGAAAAGAUCUUGUGCUCAGGUAGGCAGCUUGGCUUACAGCUUUAAAGGUGUCCAGAUAAGUCAAAGGGGUUGAAAUAAGAAAGGGCGAAGGGGCAGAUGUGGCUUACCAGGUUGCUUUGCAGGUUGUGCUUUUGAUGAGUGGGUGCCUCUUUGGAAGGUCAAAGGAAGUGUGAAGCGAGUGAUGGUGAUGGCUGCCUUUGCCAGCCCAUCGUCUGGUGGGGGCAAGGAGGAGGGAGGCAGUGUUUUAGCCAGGGGAAGCACUUGAGGUUGGAUUGCCGUUAAGCCAAGCUGCCACAGACCCUCCAGGAGCAUCCCAGUGGAUGGUCCACUCACACCAGGGUGCACGGCUUGAUUUUCAGGUUGGUUUAACCUCAAAUUAAACUCCCAGACUUCUAGGAGAUGCCAUUCAGACCCAGAUCUUGCCUUCUGGUUGAUAAACAACGUGCCAAACCCUAUAGCAGGGUCUCAGGAGUCUCUUUCUCUGCGCACGGUGUCCCUGAAGCAGAGGCUUAGUUACUUUGCCAGCCUGGAAAUUUGGAGUGAAACACCACUAGCUCAGGCACUGUUGAGAUUUCAGGUGUUUUCCUUGUCCCCGAUGGAGAGAAAACUUUCCCGAUGAUAAAAGGAGCUUAAUCACAAUCAAAAUCCCAAAGGGCAAAGAAGCAAAGGAGAACAUAAACCUGGAUACUGUGGGAAGGGGUAAGUGCCCCAGGGCCAGACAUUUGGGAAGGGAAAGUGGCAAAGGAGGGUGCCCAUGGUCUUUGUGGAUGACAAGCACUUGUAGGACAUGGGGACAGGGGCAGAAGGUGGAGGGUCUGCAGGGUGAAAACCCAUCAGUGACCCGUCACUGCCUGCUCUCCGGGAGAUCCCAUUUCCAUCUGAGACCUGUCAGAGGGGUGAUAAAACUGUACUCAGGGGAAAGGAGGCUGAAAAAGGGGAAAAGCAGGAGAAGGGAAUGGAUGACAAGGAUAAAAGGUCUGGUUAAAGCUCAUGGGUGGCUUUGUGCUGCCCUGUGGUGAGCAAAAUCUCUUUGGCAGAGCUCUCCAUAAUAGCUCGGUCCCAUGUGUGCUUGUGGGAAGGGUUUCACUGGAAUGAUUUUAACUUCCAAUGUGAAAAACAAAGUGAAAACCAAACAUGCUUUUGAGUGAGUGGUUGAUUGGAGAGCGGUAGUGUCAGAUGCACACAUCCAUUAUAUAUAUAUGCUUACAUCAUGUGUAUAUAUAAUGUUUGUGUGUGUAUUUAAUCUAGGCAUAAGUAAGUCAUGCUUUUGUGUUCUUUUUUCCAUUCCUAACUAAUAUAACUUGACUAAAAAAGUUGCUGCAGUGGGUUUGCAGAAUAAAGCACUUUGAAUCUCAGAAUUGUUUGAUUUUUUUUUUCUUAGCACAGUCCAAUUUGCUAUAAUAUUAUUUUAUACACAAAAUUUUGGGGUUUUUUUUUGGUCUGUCUUUAUAAACUAUUCUAAGUACUAUUUUUGUUAUAAUUCAAAAUAGAUAUUUAGUAUAAAGUUUUGCUGUUAAAUAUUUGUUCUUUAGUAAAAUAUGAUUUGUUUUUUCCCUCUUUAUUGUAAACAGUGUCUGGAAAUAAAUAUUAAUAUGUUUUAUCACAGUUGUUUUUUUAAUAUUAAAAAAAAGAAAAAAGCA